ACGUGACAACCACUCACAUCCCGCUCGUCUGCAUCCCGCUAGCUCCUAAAACGCCGACAUGACAUCCAUUAGCUCUGCUCAGUGAUAAAGACAAACGUAACCAGCGGGCUUCGAGUGGCUGUUACAUAAAAUACACAACCAUGCGACGUUUGGGGUCAGUUCAGCAGAAGAUACCGUGUGUUUUUCUGACGGAGGUGAAGGAAGAACAGUCCAGAAAACGAGACCGUCAGCAAUUUCACGUUGUUGCCACUGAAAACGUGAACCCUGUUGCUCUGGAGGCGAACAUUGAUUGUGCACUCGCCACAGAAAAACUAGAUGGCACUUGCUGUUAUGUUACAGUUUAUGAAGGGCAGCCUUACCUCUGGGCUAGGCUCGACAGGAAACCCAAUAAACAGGCAGAGAAGAGGUUCAAAAAGUAUCAGCAUUCUCAAAAGAGCUGUAAAGGAUUCACAUGGAACGUAGAGGAAGAUUUUAAGAGGGUGCCAGAGACGUGGAUCCCAGCCCACAGGGUCAAACACCACAAUGGCCAUCCAGUGCCUGAUGAGCACGGACACAUUCCAGGCUGGGUUCCUGUGGAGAAGGACAACAAACAGUACUGCUGGCACUCUUCUGUGGUGGAUUAUGAAGUCGGGGGAGCUCUUGUUCUCAGGCCUAGCGCUGACGACGAAGGCAUGCUAGAAAUUGCAGCAGUCCCAUUGACCGCCCUCCUGGAGCAAACGCUGGAGCUCAUUGGAACAAACGUCAACGGAAACCCUUAUGGAUUGGGGAGUAAGAAGCAGCCUGUCCACUGCCUGGUGUCACACGGGAGUGUUCAAAUCAGAAGCCCUCCACCAGUGGACUUCCAGCAGCUGUGCUCCUGGUUCCAGGAGAGUCCAGAGGGUCGAGUUGAGGGCAUCGUCUGGCACUGCAACGACGGCACGCUCAUUAAGGUUCAUCGUCAUCACCUGGGACUGAGGUGGCCAGAUGAGGAAACCUGCCUUGGUGACAGGUCGGUGGUCAUUCAUGUUGAUGGGAUGGUUGAUGAAUACAACAGCAAGGACUUGUUCACAUCCUUCUCCAGACUAAAUGGACGCUGUUUCAGCCGACUGCAGGACAUCCAGUUUGAGUUGUAGACCCAGUCGGAGAAUAUCAAACCUUCCCACUGUGGCGAUAGCUGUUAGAUAUUUUCACCAGUAAUUCCAGUUGAGUACAGGGGAGUGUCCUAAAACCUGAAGACAGUUUUACAUUUGCCUUGCAGAAAUGUGUACAGCUUUAGUGUAGAUAUGAGUGACCGACAACUUGUGUUGUAAAAAUGUUCCAUUAAUAUACUGUAUGUUACAGCUCUUCUAUUGCUAAGUGAAGAAUAAAUGUAUGUGAGUAUAUACACCUUUUUUAUUGAACAGUUUUUUAUAAAACAGUCUGAUUAGUACAAAAGCGGUUUUAUUGAAAAAAUUUACCUCAGCACAAUGUGUCAAAACUGUACAAAUGUAAAGAAAUAAAUAUGUGUCCAACCUAUAAACAACCCCAAAAAAAACAGCUGCCAUGUGGGGAAAAAAAUGGAGGAGCUACAUCACUUUACUGUUAGGCUGUUCUGAAAAGGGGAUAUUUUAUCCUACCAUUUCCAGUGACAUUGCUUAGGGAAUGUGAGUGCAAGAUUUCAAACUGCAUUACCUAAAAACUCUUGAGUGGUCAGUGCUGCUAUAUCAAUAUUGAAUAUCUUAGUACUUAGUAGAAAUUGUUUGUGAUCCAGAGAUAUUUAGGGCUGGACAUCGUUUGGAAACAUUACAUACUAGUGCUGAUACGAUACCCGAGUUUUAGUACAAUUACCAAAAUGAUGCUGAUUUCAGUAACG